AUGACAGCAAGCUUUUGUCUGCUGUUCAAGCGCUACAUUCAAAUCGAGAGGAAUCUAUGGCGUCGCGUGCUUUUCGAGGCCAUUGUGAUGGUGAUAAUCAUGAUAUUGAUCCAGGGGAAUCCCAUAGCGCACACGAAGCAAUUGCUGUUCCCGCGCGCCAAAAGCGAUCGCGAUCAUGUUAUCGUUUCGCACAAGCUGGACGACUUAGAUAUUCUAUCGGGCAUGGGCGACAAGAAGAGGGAAAAAACCAAAUAUUUAUUGGCUUACGCACCCAAAACGGAGUUUACCGAGCUGGUAAUCAAUGCCGUUGCCGACCAACUGGGAAUGAAGGGAAUCCAAGGCUACAAGAAUAACGCCGAAUUGCAGAAACAUUUCGAUGAGCGCACUACCCUGGCCGGCAUCAUUUUCCAUGAUUCCCCCCCAAAAGAGCCACCCGAGAGCCUCUCCAUUUCCAUACGAUUUCCCAGUGAAUUUCGCACCAUAAAACCAUUCCUCACCGAGGCUCGCCUGUGGCUGACACGCUGCUCGGGCGCCGUCCGAGAGAAGCAGGACAAUGCCAAGGACACGGAUACGAAUCAAGAUCUCUAUAUACGCGAGGGUUUCCUUCAACUGCAGCAUCAUGUAUUUCUUCAGUGGUUCCAACAGCUGAAAAUCAAAUAUCCCCACACAUACGCGGAGCCCCAAGUGGAGGUCUUUAACAUACGACUAAGGGCGGCCAAUUCACCCUGCACCAUGAUGACCCUGGUCCGGAUGCCAGCAUUUCUAUACAAUUUCCUAUAUCUGCUACCAUUUUUAAACAUUAUCAGGAAUAUCGCCGGUCAGCUGGAGGAUGGCGUUAUGGUCCAUCAGUGGCACUAUGGUUUCUCUUUCUGCACCCAGUACUGCUGCCUGUUUUUGGUGCUAGUGCUGCGAUUGCUACUGACGACAUUCUGUUCCCUCGUGGUUUUAAUUGUAUUUUGGAUACUGGAAAGUGGCCCCAAUGUCGCCCAGGCGAUUGCCGGCACAAUAUUAUUUAUAUUAAUCUACCACAUUGAGCUGAUACUAACCGCCAUGUUGGUGGCCAAACUCCUUGUCAAUCCCAUUAAUUGCGUGCUCUUCGGCCUGGUCAUUUGGCUGUUUACGUAUGCGGCAUUCAGCUUAAUUCUCGAACGUUAUUGGGACGUUCGCAGCUACUAUGUUACCUUUGUAUUGGGGUCCUUUUUCAACACACAGCUCAGCUUCUGCAUGCAGCUGUUCCAUCAAAUGAUCGACGAUUCCAGUAAUCUGAAAUUCUACGAUUUUAUCGUCCUAUUUGUCUCGGCAGCGGUCUGCACGCUCAUCUAUCUGCUACUCUUCGUUCUGGUCCAAUGGCGCGCCCCUGGCCGCCUGCUGAGCCGCCGUGUCCUGCGCAACAAGCCGCGCGUCGACAAACCCAAGUCCGAGGCCCCCGUCUUCAUUGGCCGAUCGCCCAGUUGGCACAAUUUUGAGUUUGUCGACGCCAACAGCGAGGAGCUGAUGCGCCUAAAGCAUGUGAGCACUUCGCAUCGCGAAUCCGAACAGAAGAUCCUGAAGAACAUCUCGCUGCGCAUCUACAAGGGCGAAAUACUGGUCAUACUCGGCCACAUUGGCUCCGGGAAGCUCACUCUCCUGCGCCUGAUUGCCGGCCUCAAGUUCCCGCUGCGUGGCAUCGUCUCGGUGCUGGGAAAUAGCUACACGCACAAGGGCCCCAGCCGUCGGCUGGUGGACUUUCGCUUCGACGAGCACGGGCUGAGUCGCCAUUUGACCGUCCAGCAGACGAUCGAGUAUCAUGUGCGGCUAAAGCUGCAGCGCGACGACGAGGACCGCUUCAAGAUCGAGAAGCGCAAGUGGCUGACCAUCCUGGAUCAGCACAUCGAGAGCCGCAACACAAAGAUUGGUCAGCUCACCUAUGCCAGCACUCGUCUGGUGGCCCUCUGUUGCUGUUUGGCAGGCAACACUCAGGUCGUGAUCCUGGAGGAGCCGACGCUGAAGCUGACCGGCUCCGAGGCGCAGACCUUCUGGACGAUUGUCAACCAGGAGAAAGAGUCGCGGGCCUUUGUGGUGGCCACCUACAGUGUGGGCGAGGCGGAGCAUGUGGCCGAUCGUGUGGCCAUAAUCAAUCUGGGCGUGCUGGAGGCCAACGGAACACCCUUCUUUCUGCGGUCAAAGUUUACCGGCACUUUGGACAUGAUUGUGACCAAGAAGCCGCACGUACCCGCCGAGCCCAUCACCGAUUUCAUCAAUCAAUUCCUUACGCGCAUCCAGCCGGAGAAUGAAAUUGGCGACACUCUGGCGUACAGAAUCCCCAUUUCGAAUCGCCCGCGUUUGCAGAAGCUGUGCCUGCAUCUGGAAUCGGAUCGGAACCGAUUGGGCAUCGAUUAUUUUCGAAUUGUGGGCACCGAACUCUCCGAUACUUACAUGAAGUUGGUCAAGUCGUUUCGUUUGCAAAAGCAGAUCAUACCGGAUGUCACCCAAACGUUCAAGUACCAGGUGGUGUCACAGAAGCAGCUCAGACGCCAGCGCAUACGUGCCAUGCUCUACAAAAAGAUGAUCCAUACGGCACCGAAUGUCUGGCCAAUAAUCAUGAUAUUUACUAGCUUCAUAUUGAUAGCCAUCAUUGCCAAGCUGUCCGUGAUGCUGGAUGUGCCCGAGGAGCGUUCGAAUGUGAUCGAAAUUGGCUUCGGCAGCGGCUCUGAGAUGAAGAAUAUACCGGAUAUUACGGCAUGCGGCUAUGUGGACAUACAAUCGCUGACCAAGGCGCAUCACUACAAACGGCAGGGCGGAGGCCACAUGAUGAGCAGUUUUACAGCGGACUCGUUCUCCUGCGAAAAAGGUUCCUAUCGCGAUAACCUCAAGAAAAUGAACGAACUCAAGAGCCUGGGAGCGAUCGAACAGGCUGGCGAUCAGACAAUGAAUGGCUAUAUCACACAGGAUGUAUUCCAUUCGGCAGCAAUGAUGCUCAAUCUGCUGCACAAUGCGAUACUCAAACUUGCCUAUCCUGAUUCUAAGAAACAUUUCACCUUGGUUACUAAUCAUCCAUUGCCCACACAGCUGAGCAUGAAGAUCAACUUGAUCGACAAUAAGAUAGCGCACAUGAAUGCUCCAUUGGCAUUGGGCUGCAUCCUGCCGCUGGCCGUCUCUGUGUUCAUUAUACCCCUGGUGGAAGAGCAGGUGCAUCAGUUAAGGAUCCUGCAGGUGAUAGCCGGCUUGGGCAUGCCCAUCUAUUGGGGCGUCAAUAUGUUUUGGGAUCUAUUCACUUACAUCAUCUAUUCGGUGAUCAUUGUGGUGAUUAUGGCCGUGAUGGGCAUCGGUGGCUUUGGUUCGUAUGAGAAUUUUCUCAUCCUAAUGCUGAUGGGUCUCUAUGGCUUCGCCGCCCUCACACACACCUAUGUACUGUCGUUCUAUGUGAAUGCCUCAAGGAUUAGAGGCUUCCUGGCGUCGCUCCUGCUGCACGGGAUCACGGGCAUUGUGUUGUACAUAUUAUUUUGGGAUGUGGCCAACAGUAAUGACAUCUUCUACUACGGCGCCUGCCUGUUUCCGGGCUUCUCGCUGCUCGAUGGCGUGAGCAACAUUUACACGCAGUGCCUGGAGGAGUCGCUGUGUGAGGACAAGUGCCAAAAGACGCCCAGCUGCACAAUGGAGAAUAUGGCCGAAAUGGUGCCCAAUUGUCACUUUCAUUCAUAUUUCACUUGGAGUUCGCCUGGCAUUAUGCCAGCCAUUAUCUAUAUGCUCGUCUCGGGGUUGCUUGGUGUCCUGCUGAUCUUUUGGAUUGAACUGCAUCGCAGGGAGAAGAAAUAUCACUCCUCCCGAGACUUGCAUGAUCUACGUACUGCCACAUAUCCGUUCGAUGAUGCCGAUAUGGCCGAUGUGAAGCUUAAAAUUGCCGAAUCCGACAUGACCAAAUGCAAACAGUCGGUGUUUCUGGUCGAUCAGGUGGAGGCCAAGGUACCCAUCACAGGAUCGCGGGUGAAUACCGUCUCGUUUGCUCUGAACAAAUACAUGAGCAUGGGCAUCUAUGGCCGGCGAAACUCCGGGAAGAGCCAUCUGAUCCGUCAACUGGUGGGCAUCGAUGGCUUCGCCUUUGGCGAGAUCUAUGUCCGGGGACUAGACCUCAAGCUGGACACCGACAAGAUACGCACCUACAUGGGCUACUGUCCGCAGCAUCAGGGCUUGCUCAUGGAACUAACGCCGCGCGAGCACAUCCGUCUGCUCUGCAUGAUUCGGGGUGUCCCAGAUCCAAAGAUCACCGAGAAGAUGCACGAUCUGUGCCUCAUGCUGAACAUGACCGGGUGGAUGCAUCGCAAAUGCAGCUACCUUACGGCCGAAAAGCUACGCAAACUGAAUGUGGCCCUCGCUUUGGUCGCCUACAACAAGAUACUCGUCCUGGACGAGCCCACGUACGGUCUACCCGGGACGACACGCGAUGAGAUCUGGAAUAUAUUGCGAUACAUACGGCACUGCGGCAAGACGGUGAUAUUUGCCACAAACGAUGAGCUCGAAUGCAAGAAACUGGGCGAUUUCAUCAUACUCCUGCACGACUCUGAGAUGGUCUCCUUGGGCAGCCUGCACUACUUGCGUUUUAAGUACAGCACCGGCUUCUAUUUGGAGGUGCGACUCAUACGGGAUGGCAAGACCCUGGCCGAAACGCAGGAACAUUUGCGCAAAGAUAUGGACAAUUUGGCCAGAUUUGUCAACUUUUUGCAUGACAAAUCGGAAUUGGUCUCCCAUUCAAAUCACUGGCUCAAAUACUAUGUACCAGUUGGCGAUAUUGUCUAUUCGUAUUUGUAUGGCAGUUUGGAGAAGAACAAAAUGCGUCUGAAUAUCCAGGAUUAUUGCAUUUAUCAGGCGGAUGUCAAUAGUGUUAUCGAGCAGGUCCAUGAGAUGCGUUCAGAGCUGAAGCGUCGCAUUGGCUCGAAUGGGCAAUUGCAUCGUUUCUCCCAGAAGGAAAAAGACGCCGGCAAGGGCAAAGGCAAAGCCAAGAAAUAA